AUGCCGCCCAGGUUGAAUCUGUUCUCAGCAAACAAGGCUGUUCUGGCCCUCCGCCAGCCGACCGUCCCAUCCGUGGCGUCGCGGAGUAUCGCUCUCCCUCUUCGAUUCCGUGCCGAACAGACGACCCCGGCCCAAAAACGAUGGAACUCGUCCAAGAAGGAACCCAAUCCGGAUGAGCAGAUGUUCCCGACACAAGACCAGCUGCCUGAUGUCAGUGAAGAGGCUGCCGAGAUCGACCGAAUUAUGAACAAGGAGAAGAGCUGCGACGGCCAGCCAGCACACCCGGAAUUGGAGCAAGGGACUCCAGUUGAGGAGAUCCUCCAGCGCGACGAAGAGGCGAUGAAGCACAUGCCCAAGGUCAUGCAGCAGCAAUUGAAGAAGACCAAGGGCACCCGUUCUUUCUCCACCUCUACCCGCAGUAACCAGCCCGGCGUGGAAGAUUCUCUCCAAGCCGAUGCGUCCGCAGCGCUGCUUGCCGAUAUGAUCCAGCAGGUUAACUCGCAAGCCCUCGAGCGCAACCCCGGCUUGAAGUUCGAUGCGCCAGAGAUACCUACCAAGACCAUGAACUUCCGGAAGCGCUACGACUCGCUACAGGAGCAGUUCACUAAGAUGCUGAUGCAGGAUGGAAAGCUGGCCCGGGCACAAAACAACAUGUCCAUCAUUCUGGACCACCUCCGCACUUCUUCCGCUCCCAACCCUAACCCCCGCCGUCCUCUCAUUGGCGGACCUCCCGCUCCUCAGCUGCCACUCGACCCUGUUCUCUACCUGACCCUGAUCGUUGACUCAGUGGCUCCUCUGUUCCGCAUUCGUCAGGUGAAGGGUAUUGCUGGUGGUGGUACUGCCGUGCAGAUUCCCCACCCAUUGAACCUGCGCCAGCGCCGCCGUGCGGCUAUCAAGUGGAUCAUCGAUGCCUCAGAUAAGCGACGUGAUGCGCAACUGGCCCACCGGGUUGCCAACGAGUUGGUUUCGGUUGCAGAGGGCCGAAGCGGUGUUUGGGACCGACGAGACGGUCAGCACAAGAUGGGUAUCUCUGGCCGUGCGAACCUGGGUCUUGCUCCUCCGCCCGCGUGCACAUCGGCUCGCGCGCAAGAACCAGGAAGUACACAAAGGUCAUUUGAGCCUGCCGGCAGCUCCCAGUCGCUCGCGGGACUUGGAUUUGGACAAGAGGCGGACCAGGAGAAGGCAACCUCGUCGGAACAUUGCCCACGGGCAACCCGCUUCACUCGACUCAGGUUCUGGGCAGAGGUCCUUCGACGCCGGGCUCAGAACGCAAGCCUCCCCCAAGCUGAACGUGAUCCGGAGAUCUCAGCCAAGAUGAAGUUCUCGCACAGCAUUCAGUUCAAUGCGGUGCCGGAAUGGAGUUCCAACUAUAUCGCAUACAGCAAUCUCAAGAAACUGAUAUACACUCUCGAGAAGCACAACAACCGGCCUGAGGGUCAGAACGGCGCGGAUGUCGAGUCCGCUCCGCUGCUUGGCGCGCAUCAAGUAGCCAACCCUGAUGGCGUCUUCAAACGCGCCCUGGAUAUAGAGCUAGAUAAGAUUUGCAGUUUCUAUGAGCAGAAGCAGGCGGAAAUCUUCCAUUCUACAGAUGACUUAGCUCGGGAGGUUAUGGUCUAUCUUUCUGAAACAGACGGCUUCAACAUGGACCCGGUCAGCGAGACCAUCGUCAAAGCCAGAACCCUGAAUUCGAAUUCCCGUCGGGGUACUGCUUCUGGACUUCAGAAUUAUGGUAUCAAUCAGCGUCGCCCGUCUAGUGGCGGCAGUGAAGAUAGUGAUGAGGACCAGGGCCCUGAAAUGACCAACUCUCGCAUGAGGAUGAUGCAAUCGACAGAUGGGGAGUCUACAGCGGAGGACGUCCAUCCAGGUGACAUGGUUGACUCGGCUUUCUUUGGCCCAGCAAGCAGUCGAGGGCCCCAUGAUACCGAUUUGAGUGAUCAGGAUUUCCUCGCUCUCUACAGUGCCGGAGUAUCACUAAAGAAGCGUCUCAUUGAGGCUUAUGUUUCUCUCUGUGAGCUGAGAUCAUUUAUCGAGCUUAACAAGACUGGCUUUUCGAAGGCUCUGAAGAAAUACGACAAGACUCUGUUCCGCUCUCUCCGUCGGGACUAUUUGUCCUCGGCCGUCCAACCGGCGAUGCCUUUCACCGAGAACACCAUGGCAGCAGUGGAUAGUUACAUCAGUAAAGUGGAGGGUGCCUAUGCCGAUAUCGUUACGAAGGGUAAUCGAUCUCUGGCUAGCCGUGAACUGCGGCUCCACCUGCGUGAGCACGUCGUCUGGGAACGAAACACCGUUUGGCGCGAGAUGAUCGAGAUCGAACGUCGUGCUCAGGCCGCCAAUGUCGGUAUUCGUCGAACUCUUUUGGGAGGCGAUGAAGACCCCGCUACUGCGCGGCGCCAGGGUGACAAGCACGAGAUUCGCACGAGAGAGAUUGCCACUCCGCUUGGCAAGAUGCAUUUCCCGGUGUGGCUUUGCAGCUUGAGCUUUGGUACCUUGGUCUUCAGUAUUGCCGUGUUUGGUGCCCUCCUCUCGUUGCAGAUCAUGGAAACGCCAGAGCAACAGAACUGUCUGGCGAUGCUAGUGCUGGUCAGCAUUCUUUGGGCUACAGAGGCUAUUCCUCUGUUUGUAACGUCACUUUUGAUCCCAUUCUUGGUUGUUGUCUUGGGCAUCAUGCGUUCCGAAGAUAAACCCCAUAAGCGACUAGGUCCUAAGGAGGCAACGAGCGUGGUGUUUGCAUCGAUGUGGACUCCUGUGAUCAUGCUUCUUCUUGGUGGCUUCACUAUUGCGGCAGCCUUGUCAAAGUAUGAUAUUGCUCGUCGAAUGGCAAUGCUAGUGCUCAGCAAAGCCGGAUCAAAGCCCAGUACAGUGCUAUUGACAAACAUGUUCGUGAGCAUGUUCCUGAGUAUGUGGAUUAGCAACGUCGCCUCUCCCGUGCUGUGUUACUCGAUCAUCCAGCCUCUACUGCGUAAUCUCUCUCCGGAUUCCAACUUCGCCAAGGCCCUCGUUUUGGGUAUCGCGCUAGCCGCCAAUGUUGGCGGUGCGGCGUCACCGAUUGCAUCGCCACAAAAUAUCAUUGCGCUGCAGAAUAUGUACCCGAGCAUCAGCUGGGGCACUUGGUUCUUCAUUUCGCUGCCGGUCUGCAUUAUCUCGAUUUUCCUGAUCUGGGGACUCCUGCUUGUGACAUUCCACCCCGGCCGCAAUGCAACUGUGAUUCCCAUGCGACCUGUUAAGGAUCGUUUCACGGGGAUUCAGUACUUCAUCAGUGCCGUGACUCUCGUGACCAUUGCUCUCUGGUGUGUCAGUCACCAGCUCGAACAUGUGUUCGGCGACAUGGGUGUCAUUGCCAUCAUUCCACUCGUGCUGUUCUUCGGCACUGGUAUCCUCAACAAGGAAGAUUUCAAUAACUUCCUGUGGACAAUUAUCAUUCUCGCUGCGGGUGGUCUGUGCCUGGGCAAGGCUGUCACUUCCUCCGGGUUAUUGCACACCAUCGCCAACGGAAUUACAGUCCGCGUCGAACACCUCAGCCUGUAUAGUCUACUUCUCGUCUUCUCGGCUUUGAUCCUUGUCAUUGCCACUUUCAUCUCUCACACUGUUGCGGCCCUGAUCAUGUUACCCCUGGUUCGCCAAAUCGGUGUUAACAUGGAGAACCCGCACCCCAAUUUGUUGGUCAUGGCCAGUGCACUGAUGUGCUCUGUUGCGAUGGCACUGCCUACUACCGCCAUCAUGACCGAAGUGCCCACAACUGGCCAGCGCUACCUUCAGGUCCGCCACUUCCUCACACGUGGUAUCCCAUCCAGUCUCAUGGCCUUUGUGGUGAUCGUCACCCUUGGAUAUGGUCUGAUGUAUAUCGCGGGCUUGUAA